AUGGGGGGGUUGAGUUUUGAAAGUUGGUUAAAUUAGAAAAACUUUUAAAAUUAAAUUAAAAGUAUUGAUGCAGGUUUAACAUUUAGGGCAUUUCUAUUAGAUUUCUUUAGCGAUUCGCUAAUGUAAAACUAUUACCUUAGAAUAAUAGUAUAGUAAUAAUAACCUUUAGAAAUUAAAAAAUAGGGUUUUCUUUUUAGUGGUAAAAUUUGUUUUACUUCGGUCUCAUGGAAGCCUCUCAGACCGUAAACCAAAAACAUCCCCGUGGAAUCUCCCAAAUAACUUUCCUAAUCCUCUCAGCUUUCCUAACUUUCCUAGUCUCUCGCCCCAUGGAUUCGAAGGUCUGUGAUUGAUGGGUUCUGAAGUUUUGAAAUAUUGUAACAUUUUUUAUUAAAAUACCAGACGGCUAUACAAUAGCAACAAAAAUCUUUAAUUAAAAAUGUACCUGAUCAUGCACAUACAAUUGUAUUGACAUUUUUCUGCCUUUUUGUUCUGCAUGUUUUCUGUGGAUCCUGGUUAAUUAGAUGUAUGAAUCUAUAACUUAACACUAACUUAACACUAGAAAUAACAUUUGUCGUUUGAUCCACCAGAUAAUGCCAUUAAUCCCUUCGUGUUAUCAGCCACUACUGUAUCAAGCACUUUCAUGUUGCUCUUGAAAUCGAAAUUUAAGGCACAACCUUAGAGAUGCCAUCCUGAUUUCAUAUUAAUUCACUCCAACUGUUAGCACGCAGGGAGCUCUUCCCAGCUAUUUGUCCUGGAGGAGCCCAGGGUGCCCUUUUGAUCAUUUCAGUCUCUCUCUGGUACAAUAGUGCUGAUUGGCUGAACAAGUAAGAAAAGGGAAAAUCUUUAAUUAAGCAGAUAAUCUCUUGUUGGGAUGAGAGGAGCUCCAUUUCAGAAACCCUUGGCUCACACAUGAGACCCCCAGCCUCUAAAUUCUGGAUGUAGGUUAUAUAGCGCUCUUGCAGACCCCACUGCUUUCCAAGGUGAAGAAAAGUCUGCCGGUCCUCUCUCAGGAUGUUCAUGGAUUUGGAAGUUUAUUAUUACACUUUCAUCCUGAUGGCUCACAUGAAGUCUUGCUGCAGUUGGUCAGUGAAUAAUUUCCUGAUGACUGGCCCAAAGGCCUACUUGAUCUACUCCAGCAGUGUGGCCGCAGGAGCACAGAGUGGUAUUGAAGAGUGCAAGUAUCAGUUUGCGUGGGACCGCUGGAACUGCCCAGAGAGGGCUCUUCAGCUCUCCACCCACAGUGGACUCAGAAGUGCAAACAGAGAGACAGCAUUUUUCCAUGCUAUAAGCUCUGCUGGAGUCAUGUACACCCUCACCAGGAAUUGCAGCCUCGGUGACUUUGACAGCUGCGGUUGUGAUGACACCAGGAACGGCCAACGAGGAGGCCAGGGAUGGCUAUGGGGAGGCUGCAGUGAUAACGUAGGAUUUGGAGAGGCAAUCUCCAAGCAGUUUGUGGAUGCGCUGGAAACCGGACAGGAUGCACGAGCUGCCAUGAACCUGCACAACAAUGAAGUAGGACGCAAGGCAGUAAAAGGAACCAUGCAGAGGACGUGCAAGUGCCAUGGAGUGUCUGGAAGCUGCACCACGCAGACCUGCUGGCUCCAGUUGCCAGAGUUUCGAGAGGUGGGCAACUACCUAAAGGAGAAAUAUCACAGGGCUCUGAAGGUGGACCUGCUGCGUGGCGCAGGUAACAGUGCUGCCAGCCGUGGAGCGAUUGCCGAGACAUUCAGCUCUAUCUCACGUAAAGAACUGGUGCACUUGGAGGAUUCCCCUGACUACUGCUUGGAGAACCGCACUCUGGGUUUGCCAGGCACAGAGGGCCGUGAGUGCUUGAGGAAGGGCAAGAAUCUAAGCAAAUGGGAGAAGCGGAGCUGCAAGCGGCUAUGCGGAGACUGCGGCCUGGCUGUAGAGGAGCGCAGGGCUGAGACUGUGUCCAGCUGCAACUGCAAGUUCCACUGGUGUUGUGCUGUCAAAUGUGAGCAGUGCCGUAAAACUGUCACCAAGUACUACUGUGUUAAGGGGACCAAGAAUGAUAGUGCCAGCCGCAGGAAAAGCUAUCGGUUAAAGAAGAAGCACUAGAGAUGUCCUGAACUGUUUGCAGUGGUGGCCUAGCAGAUAGUUGUGCUUGCAGAUGCGUUUGUCUCAGAAAACAUCUUUAGCUUGUGAAUGAAAGAACUUGUGAACUCUAAAGGUACAACUGAACAUUACUGGAGCAAAUAAAAAAAAAUAAAUAAAAAAAAAAAUAAAAAAAGAAUGCUUUAAUGGAAGUCUAGAUCUCCAGAGCUGAUAUUAUAAACACUUGCCUCAAGCAUUUCAAAAUCACUCCUAUACAUCUUUCUACUUUAAGCACUGAACACCACAUCUAACUAUUAUAUAGCACAAUAGACUGUAAAUAACCCAUUUUUGAGAUUUCACCAACAGGGAUGUAAUUCACUAGAUAAUUUAUUGGAAUUUUCGUACACAAAGGUUUUUUUUUUUUUAUUUAUCAUCGGGCCACAUUUGGAUUAAUUUCUUGCUAAAUGUUUUCUUGUCUGUUUCUGCCUGUUUUAGCAUUCUGAUAAUAGUUUUGUCUUAUCAGAGACUGUAUAUGAACUGUAAAUAAGAGGAAGCACUUUGUAUAUUGUUAAUUUAUUGCACAGACACUAUAGUGCUCUUUUUCUAUGAUAGUUACUUUCUAUGUUGCCUUUUUUCACAUUACUUUCAUAAUUAAAC